UAAAGAGGCAACAGCCCACAUCUCUCCCCACUACCUUAUACCACCUUUCCUUCGCCUUGUCCCGCGAUCAUAUCGAUCGCAAUCGGUAAUCUUCAAGAUGGCGAACAAAGGGCAAAAUGAUCUGUCCCAAUUCAAGUAUGCGGCCAUGUCCAAUUUGGUCCUCCAAGCGGACCGUCGAUUCGUGUCGCGCCGGGGUGACGAAAACACUGGUGAUCCGGAAUCACUUGCCGGACGCAUAACGAUACAUGACAUGGGACAGCGUGGAGCGCGUGAAGAUGCGCCGAAGCAAAAGGUUGACCGUGCGAACAUACAAGAAGACGAAAGCAUAUUGCGACAGCAGAAGAAGCGAAAACGCGGUGAAGCUGAAGACCUCCGUGGUCAGCCUGUGCUGGGCCAGUCGGACUUCUUAGUUGAAGGUCUGAAAUAUAAACCUAGGACGCCCGCCACGCGAUCUACAUAUGCCUUGAUUACAACUAUAGUGGGAAGAGCUUUGGGUGAUGUACCAAACACCAUGGUCAUGAGCGCUGCAGACUUCGUGUUGGAAACUUUGAAAAAUGAAGACAUGAAAGAUUUCGACAAGAAGAAAGAGGUGGAUGAGGUUCUGGGUACAUCACUGACCUCAAAAGAGUUCAACGAGCUCGUGAACUUAGGAAAGAAGAUUACAGACUAUGAUGCGCAAGACGAUGAUGAUGAAGAUGCUGUAGGAGAGGCUCCAACAGCUGGCCCUGGUGCGGAUGGGACAGACACAAAGGCCCAGGACGCUCAAGACGAGGACAUCAAAUUUGACCAAAGGAAUGGUGUCGCAGUCGUCUUUGGUGACGAGGACGACGAAGAUGGACAGACAUUCGAGGUCAGGGAUGGUGAUAGCUCAGAUGAGGAUGCAGAAGAGGACGAAGCUACCGGACAAGAUAUACAGGCUGAUGGCCUCCACGCGGACGAGGAUGGUGAUAUUGUGUUCAAUGUCAAAGCUAGCGACGAUGACACAACGACGAAGCUGGGUAAAGGUCUCAUACCCGCACAUGAGAUCGAUGCGUACUGGCUACAACGUCAGAUCGGUCAAAUAUAUCAGGACGCCCAUGAACAGCAGGAGAAGACUCGAGAAGCACUUCAGAUUAUGUCUGGCGAUGCCGACGAGGAAGAGGGAGAGAAGUCAUUAAGAGAAAUUGAAAAUGAUCUUAUGGAAUUGUUUGACUAUGAGCAUGACGACUUUGUCGGCAAACUCGUUCUGAACAGAGACAGGAUUGUUUGGAUCACACGAUGGCAACGAGCCGCUGGAGAUGGCGAUUCCCGGACGGCAGUUGAACGAGAGAUGGUCGCGGCAGGGCAUCGCGCCAUCUUGAACGAGCUCAGAAGUAGAGACGAACAGGCGGUGGCAAAAAGUACUGCAGCGCCGAAGGGUCUGAAAUUAGACCUCAUGGAUAUCGAUGUUCCAUCACAAGAUACCAAGAUGGACGAUGACCCAGCGCCACAAGUCUCGAUAGACGACCUCCAGCCCCAAAAACUGAUCGAUCUGCAAAAUCUGGUCUUCGAACAGGGUAACCAUCUCAACACGAACCCAAGAAUCACCCUACCUCAAGGCUCAGUGGAGCGCAAACACAAAGGUUACAGCGAGUACAUUGUCCCGCCGCCUAAGCGUAAACGCGAUGCAAAUGAAGUGAGAAACAUCCCGACAUCUGACCUCCCUGAUUGGGCGAGAGUGGGCUUCGGCUCUUCAAAAGAACUCAAUCGCAUCCAGACACGUUGCUAUCCCACGGCUUUCAACGACGACGGAAACAUGCUGAUUUGUGCACCAACUGGGUCCGGCAAAACUAAUGUCGCCAUGCUGACCAUGCUAAGGGAGAUUGGAAAGAAUCGUAACCCUGAAACUGGCGAAAUAGCCUUGGAUAAUUUCAAGAUUGUAUAUAUCGCUCCUCUGAAAGCUCUUGUGCAGGAGCAAGUAGGGAACUUUGGCAAGCGUCUGGAACCUUACGGCAUAAGGGUAUCUGAACUCACUGGAGAUCGGCAAUUGACCAAAGCCCAAAUCGCAGAGACACAGGUCAUUGUAACGACGCCUGAGAAGUGGGACGUCAUCACCCGCAAAGCAACUGACACGAGCUACACCAAUCUGGUCCGCCUCAUAUGUAUCGAUGAAAUCCAUCUUCUCCAUGACGACCGUGGACCCGUGCUCGAAAGUAUCGUUAGCCGUACCAUUCGCCGGAUGGAGCAAACAGGGCACCCAGUUCGCCUCGUCGGUCUCAGUGCUACUCUUCCGAAUUACAAAGAUGUUGCGAACUUUCUCCGAGUCGACCCAAACAAAGGCAUGUUUCAUUUCGACGGUACUUUCAGACCUUGUCCCUUGGGUCAAGAGUUUGUUGGUGUAGCAGACAGAAGUCCGAUCAAGCAGCUGCGGACGAUGAAUGAAGUGUGCUACAACAAGAUUCUAGAUCAGACCGCUCAGAAUUACCAGACUCUCGUCUUUGUUCAUUCACGAAAAGAGACAGCCAAAACAGCCAAGUAUAUUCGUGAUAAGGCCUUGGAAAUGGAGACGAUAGGUCAAAUCAUGCGUACAGACGCGGGGAGCUCGGAGAUACUUAGGUCGGAGUCGGAAUCAGUCCAGAACCCAGAUCUGAAAGACGUCAUGCAAUAUGGUUUCGGUAUCCAUCAUGCUGGAAUGAGCAGAUCCGACCGAAAUAAGGUCGAAGAGCUUUUCGCAGAUGGACAUCUUCAAGUGCUGGUUUGUACAGCGACCCUGGCUUGGGGUGUCAAUUUACCGGCGCAUACAGUCAUCAUCAAGGGGACCACAAUUUAUUCACCCGAGAAAGGAUCAUGGGUGGAGCUUAGCCCGCAAGACGUUCUUCAGAUGCUCGGGCGAGCUGGGCGGCCUCAGUACGACAGCUUCGGUCUUGGUAUCAUUAUCACCACGCAGGGCGAAAUCCAGUACUAUAUCUCGCUCAUGAACCAGCAGCUUCCGAUCGAGUCUCAAUUCAUGAGCAAGCUGGCUGAUAACCUUAACGCUGAGAUCGUUCUAGGCAGUAUUCGCAAUAGAAAAGAAGCUGUGGAAUGGCUAGGCUAUACAUACCUGUUUGUUCGUAUGCUCCGGUCGCCUGGUCUCUAUGGUGUUGGUGCCGACUACGAGAAUGACGACUUCUUGCUCCAAAUCCGAGUCGAUCUUGUUCACUCAGCAGCUACAGUUCUUGAGAAAUGUGGUCUCGUCAAGUACGAGAAAAAGUCCGGAAAGCUGACACCAACUGAACUCGGACGAAUCGCUUCCCACUACUACAUCACUCAUAACUCUAUGCAUACUUAUAACCAACACAUCCAACCAUCCAUCUCGACUAUCGAGCUAUUCCGCGUAUUCGCUCUUAGCGAAGAAUUCAAGUACAUUCCAGUCCGCCAGGAGGAGAAAUUGGAGCUUGCGCAACUUCUUAGCAAAGUGCCAAUUCCGAUCAAAGAGGGUAUAGAAGAACCUCAAGCCAAGAUCAAUGUGCUUUUACAAGCCUAUAUUUCGAGGCUGAAGUUUGAAGGUCUGGCGCUCAUGGCAGAUCUUGUCUAUGUGACUCAGUCCGCUGGUCGUAUUCUUCGAGCGAUCUUCGAAAUCUCGCUAAAGAAAGGCUGGUCUUCCGUCACGAAGCUUACUCUCGACCUUUGUAAAAUGGCUGAAAAGAGGAUGUGGCCGACUAUGUCUCCACUCAGACAAUUCCCAAAUGCACCACGGGACAUUGUUAGCAAAGCCGAACGUCUCGAAGUUCCCUUUAGUGCAUUCUUUGACCUUGACCCACCACGUAUGGGAGAGCUUCUUGGAAUGCCGAGACAUGGAAAGGUUGCCUGUGACCUAAUGGCCAAGUUUCCCAGGUUAUCCAUUACUGCACAAGCCCAGCCGAUGACAAGAUCGAUGUUACGAGUCGACUUGACGCUAACGCCAAACUUUAUUUGGGACAAUGAGGUUCAUGGAGCUGCUGAAGGGUUCUGGAUCCUCGUGGAGGACGUCGACGGCGAGGAGAUUUUAUUCCACGACCAGUUUCUGCUGCGGCGAGAGUUCUCAGGCCCGGAAGAUGAGCACCUAGUGGAAUUCACCGUUCCGGUUACGGAGCCCAUGCAACCACAUAUCUUCAUCACUGUCUUAUCGGAUCGAUGGAUGAAUUCUGAAUCUAAGAUUGCUGUCUCGUUUCAAAAGCUUAUCUUGCCAGGAAAGUUUCCUGCUCCCACGCCCCUCCUGGAUCUACAGCCUCUGACCCUUUCGGCGUUCAAGGACCCAGAGUACCAGUCUCUCUUCGAAGGUUUUAAUAAGUUUAACAAAGUACAAACGCAGACCUUCAAUUCUUUAUUCAAUACAGAUGACAGUGUCUUCAUUGGUGCUGCUACAGGUAUUGGCAAGACUGUAUGUGCGGAGUUCGCGAUCUUGCGGCACUGGUCACGUAAAAGUGAUCGUCGUGCAGUCUAUAUCGCCCCUAAUCAAGAGCAAAUCGACUCGCGUUUCCAGGACUGGAAGAAACGUUUGUCUGGCAUUAAGGGUGGGAAAGAGAUCGUAAAGCUCUCUGGCGACAUGAAUACCGACUUGAAAAUACUCGAAAGAGGGAAUCUCGUCCUUGCCACACCUCUCCAAUGGGACUCUAUCUCAAGGCAAUGGCAGCGCCGAAAGAAUGUGCAAAAUGUCGGACUCUUCAUCGCUGACGAUGUGCACAUGAUUGGAGGCCAUGGAGGCUUCAUCUACGAGAUGAUUGUCUCGCGUAUGCAUGCGAUGUCGUUGCAACUCGAGUCCGAACUCAGAAUCAUCGGCUUAAGCGUCUCCCUCUCAGACGCACGGGAUAUCGGAGAGUGGAUUGGUGCCAGCAAACAUACAAUCUUCAACUUCAGCCCACACGUUCGGGCAGUGCCGUUGGAGCUACACAUACAAAGCUUCACGAUACCACAUUUCCCUUCUUUGAUGCUGGCAAUGGCAAGGCCCGUAUACCAAUCAAUCCUGCAGCUUUCACCGGAUAAGCCAGCUAUCGUCUUCGUUCCGAACCGAAAGCAGGCGCGCAAUAGCUCAUUAGACCUUCUUGCGCAAUGUGUCGCAGACGAUAAUGUGGGAGAUGACCCCUUCUUACAUACAACCAUCGAAGAACUCAAUCCAUUACUUGCUAAGAUUAGUGAGCGAGCAUUGGCCGAGUCGCUAACGCAUGGCAUCGGUUACUACCACGAAGCCUUGAGUUCAUUUGAUAAGAGAGCAGUCGAGCAUCUCUUUAAAAUUGGCGCCAUCCAAGUCAUGGUCGUGUCAAGAGACUCUUGCUGGGAGAUUAAUUCUACUGCUCAUUUGGUGAUCAUCCAAGGCACUCAGUACUACGAAGGCCGUGAGCACCGUUACAUCGACUAUCGCAUCAGCGAUGUGCUCCAGAUGUUUGGUAAGGCCGGAAACCCAGGCAAUGUUAAAGCAGCCAAGGGUGUCCUAAUGGUGCCGGCCGUAAAGCGCGACUACUACAAGAAGUUUUUGAACGAGGCUUUACCAAUCGAGUCGCAUCUCCCUGACAAUCUUCAUGACGCUUUCGUUUCUGAGAUCAGCACAAACAUUAUAUCCUCUACACAAGAUGCGCUCGACUGGGCAACGUACACAUUCUUCUACCGUCGCCUUCUAGCUAAUCCCAGCUUUUAUGGCCUCCAGGAUCCCUCUAGCAACGGGCUGAGUGGUUUCCUUUCUGAUAUCGUGGAGUUGACGCUCAAGCAAUUGGCCGAAGCAAAGAUCAUAGAACACGAUGAAGAUGAAGACACUGUGGCCCCACUCAACGCUGCUAUGAUUGCAGCCUACUACAACAUCUCCUUCGUUACCAUGCAGACCUUUCUCCUUUCCCUCACUAGCCGCACUAAGCUCAAGGGCAUCCUCGAGAUCAUCUCGUCGGCUGUUGAGUUCGAGAACAUCCAGAUCCGUCGCCACGAGGACCGCAUCCUUCGCCGAAUAUACGAUCGCGUUCCAGUCAAGAUGGCAGACGGAGACUUUAAUACACCGCACUUCAAGGCGUUCAUCUUGCUUCAAGCACACUUCUCCCGUAUGCAACUCCCCGUCGACCUCGCCAAGGACCAAGAAGAAAUCCUCAAGAAGGCACUCCCGCUAUUGUCCGCCUGUGUCGAUGUACUCUCUUCCGAAGGUCAUCUGAAUGCCAUGAAUGCCAUGGAAAUGUCGCAGAUGACCGUACAAGCCAUGUGGGACCGCGACUCUCCGCUCAAACAAAUCCCCCAUUUCGAUGAUGAAGUAAUCGACGCCUGCAAAAAGUUUGGCAUAAACGACAUCUUCGAGUUCAUGGAUGCCAUGGAUCCAAGCGAGAACAAGGACUACGAGAAGCUUAUCAAGGCCAUGGGUCUAGACAAGGAGCAGCUGAGCCGCGCAGCCAACUUCACAAACGAGUACUAUCCAAACGUCGAGCUCGAGUUUGAGGUUCUCGAGCCGGAGAGCAUCACAUCGGGCGCACCGUCCCAUCUCGGCAUCAAAGUCACGCGUGAGAUCGAAGAGGACGAGGAACCGAAGACGGAAGUCAGCGCACCCUUCUUCCCCGUGCCGAAGACGGAGAACUGGUGGAUCCUAGUAGGCGAAGAGAAGACGAAGAACCUGCUUGCGGUCAAGAGGAUCACGUUUGGGCGCGAGUACAAGGGGAAGUUGGAGUAUACGGUGCCGACGGCUGGCAAGCAUGAGCUGACGCUGUAUCUCAUGAGCGACUGCUAUGUCGGCAUCGAUCAGGCACCGACGUUUGAGGUCGACGUUGCCGAGGGAGAAGACGAGGACGAGGACGACGAGGAUGAAGACGAGAUGGAGGAAUGAAAACCGCCACAUUUUGGCAUUUCGUGGGGAUAUUUACACGUUGGGGUCGGGUGGUGUGGUGGAUGUAUGAGUAAUAAUUAGUUGACAUGUCGCGGCGCAAGAUAAAAGGGCGCGCUGGCAUGAAAGUAAGAAAUGUUUACAUAGACAAUACACA